AUGGUGCCCUACAAUGGGGCCCGCACAAAGGUGCAGCUGAAGUUGACCAUCCAACGAUGCAAGAUGCUCCAGGAGAAAAAGGAAGCCAUGGCGAAACAAGCACGCCGAGACAUCUCGGCACUAGUUGAAAAGGGCAAACUAGAAACAGCCCGCAUCAAGACCGAGGGCAUUAUCUCGGAAGACAUCCAUCUCGAACUCCUAGAGCUGAUGGAGCUAUACUCCGAGACGCUACUCGCCCGCUUCGCGCUCCUGGACAUGCCCACGCGCGACCCAGACAUCAGCAUCCUUCCUGCGCUCACCUCAAUCAUCCAUGCUGCCCCUCGGACCGAGUUGAAAGAGCUGCACGUUCUUCGCGAGAUGCUGAUGGCCAAAUUCGGCCGGGAAUUUGCACAGGACGUCAUGGAAAACAAGGACUCGUGCGUACCCGAGCGCGUGAUGAACAAGCUCGUCGUCGACGCACCUGAUCCCAAGCUCGUCGACCUGUACAUCUUUGAGAUCUGCAAGGCAUAUGAUGUUCCGUUCUCAUCGCCUCACUUGCCAGAGACCAAGGUGGAGCAAGACGAAGAGCAGGUGGAGGAGCAGGUGGGAGAAGAGGAGAAGGGGUCGAACGACGAGGCGGGAAAGGACAAGGUGGCCGAAAAGGAGACGGUCAGGUCGACGACGACGAAUUCCAAGGUGGAUGGAGCAACCAACGAUGCAAAACAGCAGGAAUCAGCUCCACCGCGCAGGAAGACCGACAAGGAAGAGUACGACUCGCUAGAAGAACGCUUUGCUGCACUCAAACGUCGCUGA